CCGCCCCGCCACCGCGCUCCGCCCUUCCGCCGCGGUAUGGCGCAGGAGCCGCGGGGCAUGGACGACGACGUGGAGGACGGCGAGCUGUCCGGCUCCGACUCGGACAUGCCCGGCGCCGGCUCCCCCGGACAGAAGCCGCAUGCUGGCAGUGAUUCCUGCAGGCCCUUCCAGAGCAGCCUCUCAUCCUGUGCUCCCAGUGUUCCUUACAGGACCACCAAGAGUCUGGACUCCAGCGAGGAGAGCGGCUCCGACUCUGAUGACGACAGCUGCCUGUGGAAGCGGAAGAGGCAGAAGUGCUUCAACUUCUCCCCUGCCAAAAUCGAGCCCUUCCAGCUCAGCCAGAGCCACCAAAAACAGGCUGCUCUGCGUGGCAAAAAGGUCAACAACAUCUGGGGAGCGGUGCUCCAGGAGCAGAACCAGGAUGCAGUGGCCACUGAGCUUGGGAUUCUGGGCAUGGAUGGUUCAAUUGACAGGAGUAGGCAGUCUGAGACUUACAACUACCUGCUGGCUAAAAAGCUGAUGAAGGAAGCCCAGCAGAAGGAGGCAGAGACUUUGGAUAAGGAGCUGGAUGAAUACAUGCAUGAUGACAAGAAGAUGUUGCCAGCAGAGGAGGAAAAUGGGCAGGGCUUCCUCAAACGGAAGCGGCCCGUGAGAGACAGACUGGGGGAAAGGCAAGAGAUGAAAUACAAGGGAAGGUAUGAGAUAACAGAAGAAGAUUCAGAGGAAAAAGUGGCAGAUGAAAUUGCUUAUCGACUGUGUGAGCCAAAGAAAGACUUAAUUGCUCGAGUAGUGAAAAUAAUUGGGAAGAGAAAAGCAAUCGAGCUGCUGAUGGAAACAGCUGAAGUAGAGCAGAAUGGUGGACUGUUCAUUGUGAAUGGCACUAGGAGAAGAACACCUGGGGGUGUUUAUUUAAACCUGCUGAAGAACACACCGAGCAUCAAAGAAGAACAAAUCAAGGAAAUAUUCUAUCUGGAAAACCAAAAGGAGUAUGAAAACAAAAAAGCUGCCAAGAAGAGAAGGAUACAAGUUCUGGGGAAGAAGAUGAAAAAGGCCAUCAAGGGGCUUAACCUGCAGGAAUAUGAUGAUGCAUCUCGUGAGACUUUUGCCAGUGACACAAACGAGGCUCUGGCUUCCCUGGAUGACCUGCAAGAGGGGCACCAUGAGGCAAAGAUGGAACCUGAGGAUACUAUUGAAAUUGACAAUGCCCAUGAUUUGGAGAUCUUUUAGUUACUAAUAUUCUUAAUAACAGAGUCUCUAUAAAAACAUGUUAAAUGAGCCUUUCUUCUAAUCCCGUGGCUUCUUGUUUUUAAAGCAUGGGGAAUACUUGAUGCUGAAGAGGAGGAGGUAAUUCUUAGUUAAAUUUGACAGCAUGAAAGACUUUUUAAUUGUCCUGUUACUUGUUUGCUGAGUCCUCAGAAACUGUUAAGAUUUUUCUAGAUAACAGCCCUGCAUCACAUUAGGAAGUGUUUUUAGUCACGUGUUAGGUUUAAGAGUUCUAACUUUAGGACUUUCUAAAGGCUGUUUUAACCAAAUACUUGUAAUAUAAUUUGCUGAAGCACACAAAGUCACCAGAUGAGCAGUGCUCUUUACUACAGAUGAACAGAAAUGACAGUAUAAAUUUAGUCUUGAUAUAAAAUAUUAUAUAUUCUUAAUGUGGCAGUGUAUUAACAAAAAUAGCAGUAUUUAUAGGAUACAAGACCUGUAAAAAAAUUGGUUUGUGAAAUAAACUUAAUUUUAGUGGUCAGUGACCUUUGAAGAACAAUCUUGUAAAUAAGUGGAAUUGAGCAAUGUAUGUUUCAGAUUUCUGCAGUAGUUUUAUUCUUUGUAUUCCAAUGCUGACUUGAGCUUCCUGUCUGUUCUGUCUAAACACAUCAGACACACAUUUUCCACAAUAAGACACACACCUAAGGUCCAUGGAUUUUUUUGUUUGCAGACAAAUAUAACUGAAAGCCUUGAAGAGUAGUGAGAUUUUACUGAGUUGUGUUCCCUUCAGGGGUCUAUAUAGACUGUAUGUGCAUAUAUAAACCCUUUACCCUGUAGUUCUUGUUUCUGUCCUCCUGUGUGUAGUGAAAUAAUGUGCAGCUUGUAGAAGAUCUGGAGUUUUUUCUGUGCUGACUCUUGCAGGGGAUUUUUUUUUUUUUUAAUUACUUGAUGCAGGAAAUGAUUGUGUAGUUUGUUAGUUUGGCCAAAAACAAUUUUUAUGUUGAAUAUUGCAUUUAAUAUAGCUAAAGAACAUGUGCAGCAUGGAUAUGUAUGAUGUCUGAAGUAUUUUGUUACUAAUAAGUUGUGGCUUUUUUUUUUGUGAGUAGACACUAUUCAUCCUAACUUUUGCACAUAAAUUUUGUUCGCCUUUGAGUCCUUGAGUUUCAGAAGGAAAGUGUGUGACUACGACACAUAAUCAGUUUAUAAGAUUGAACAAUUCAGUACUGCCAAGAGCUGGCAUUUAAAGGAUUGCAGCACUUGGAGAAACAAUUCUUACAUAUAACAGCACAUUCCAUUACCUGCCUUAAAUCUGGGUUUUGUCUUUUCUGCUUUUUUUCUGUUCAAGUUUCAGAGCUCCUAAUUGUUAAAAAGUUGCCCCUCAGAUGUGCAGCAUGCCUUUGCUCCUGCUGAAAUAACAAAAUCAUUAUUUUUUUCAUUAAUUUUCCUAACCAGUGAUGGCCAGAGUAAACCAGUAACUCCCAUACAGGAAAAAGAAUUUUGUGCUGUUUUAUUGUUUUGGGACUGUACCAUUUCAUCCUGGUUUUGGGAACUGCUUGGGGAUAUGUCUUAACUGUUUACUGGAUAGAAUCAGCAAAUUGUAAUGUUGGUUUAAGCAAAUAAUUGUUAUGUAAUUUGCAUUGUGUAUUUUUUUAAUGUUAAUAUUUCUAACGUUGAUUUCCCAGGGAAGGGGUACUGAAAUGAUGUGUAAACUAUUGUCUUCAACAAAAGGGUGAUACGGGCAUUAAGGUAUUUGAGAGGGCGGUGAGGUUGUGGGUGGCCAGGGGGACUAGUGGCUGAGGGCACUUCGUCUUUUCAGCUGGAGAAAAGGAGACUGAGGGGAGAUUCACUGGGGUCUUCAAAAUAUUCAGAAGGUGAAGAGGAGGGGCAGGCGCUGAUCUCUUCACUCUGGUGACCAGUGACAGGACCCCAGGGAAUGGCCUGAAGCUGGGUCAGGGCUUUCAGGUUUAGACUGGAUAUCAGGAAAAGUUUCUUACUCCAGAGGGUGGUUGGCGCUGGAAUGGGUUCCCCAGGGCAGUGGUAACAACACUAAACCUUACAGAAUUCAGGAAGUGUUCAGACAUUGCUCUGAUCAGGCACAGGGUGGGAUUGUUGGGGCUGUGUAAGGCCAGGAGCUGGACUAGACUGUCCCAGAAAUUCCACGGUUGAGUUUCUUCCCCAUGUCUAAGAGACCUUUUCUUCUUGUGGUUUUUCUCUGUUUUCCCUGGCUUUCAAUGGAGUCCUUCCGAAAGCAAGCCCGUUGAAAAUGCUGAGGUCAAACUCACUCCUGUUCCAGCAGCAAUUUUCUUUGGUAUGAAACAGGUUGAAAUAAGCAGCACCAGUUUUUGUGUGUUGCUGCAGUUGAGACUGGUUUUCGCUCUCAGCUCCUACUUACCUUCAGUCUGUCCUGGGCUGAUCUUGCACAGGAAACAGCCCUGCCCGUGUUUUGUUUGGGAGCAGAUCUGUCUGUUUAGAUUUUGGUAGCUCAUGUUCUGCAGACAAAAGUACAGGCAACACGGGUUGGGGUUAGAGCUCUUCAAGUUUCUCUGAUGAGCUGGUGUGGUUGAGGCAUUAUCGUUACUGCAAAUGAAGACUGUACUAUUGGUACAAGCAUCACCCUCCAUCCCAUAAACUAUAGCAGCAUUAUGAGCCAUCUCUGUUAUACCCGAAGAAGAUGCUGAAAAAAUGAGGGAAAUGUGCUUUGAUCUGAAAACACAAAGCUUGUUUUGCUACCUUGCACCCAAAAUUCCAACUGGAAAACUGAUUUUUGGUACCACUGGAAAAAAUAGUUUAUUAACAGUUCAGUUUUACUGAGGAUCUUGAAAGCAUCAUUUGAAGUAUAAUCGCAGUUUUAUAGAUUCUCCUUCCCCUUCCAAGUAGAUGAUCUCGUUAAGGUGUUCUUAUGCCCUCUGGGCUUAUUAACUGCUGUUUUGCCAAAAUUCUCAAGCAAGUGUGGAAUGACGCAGUUCAAGGUAUAAAGGUGAAGGGAAAGGGACAUGACUGUAUUAAUUAUGACAUUUUAUGUUACAGAGAACAUGAAUUCCUUGUAUUUUUUCAGGGUAAAGGUGAUGGGGUAGACUGAAUAAUAAAGACAAUUCUUGAAA